GCACUUUUGUUUCUGUCACCACUUUUUAUUUGCGCUUUUACACAACUUUAUAAAAAAUGGACGGCUACGCCGCGCAGCUUCAGGCCGAAGCCGCCGAAUCGGAAGGAAUUCUUCCACAAUGCUCUGAGCCCAGCAGUCCUCAGACCGGGCCAGAAACAAACACCAGCGACCUGGUUCCCUCAUUCAGCUCAAUGUUUGGGUUUGCCGCCAGCUGGGGAAAAGGCUCCAAACAGAAUUACAAUUAGACCACUUUGUCGACCAAGUGAAGAAGCAAUCCGAGGAAGUGACCAAGGCAUACACACAGGACAUUGCCGAAUUUGCACAGGCAGUCAAAGUGGGCGCCACACGCGGCAUGGACGAGCUCUCCACGCGCUUCACACAGCUUAAAACCGACCUCGAAGCGGAACUACAGCCGGAACAAAAAAGCAGGGCAGUUGAUGGAACCGAAACUGAAGCUCAGGACCAAAAAGUACACAGUCAAAAUAUGUUUGGCGGUAUUGGCAGACACUUCCAAGUGGACGCGCUGAUGCAGCAACAGGAGAAGGCUAAGCGGCUGAUGAGUAAGCUGGGAAGUGAUCUGGAGGACCUCCUGCGCGAUGCCAUUGUUAUUGAGGCGCCGGGGAGCGGCAGCACGGAGGAGCAGAAGAGCGCUGCGCGCAAAAUCAUUUACGACCGACGCAUGGCACAGCUGGCCGCCAUCAGGGAAUCUGAGGAUACGUAUUUGGUAGAUCCUCGCGAGAUGUCCGAGUUCAAGACCUUUGAGGAAGCGUUUGUUAUGGACCAGGGCAUGUUGCAAGUUGCGCAGCUGCUGGCAGAGAACCCCGCAAUGGCAGGUAUCCAUGCGAAGCUUGUCGGCGAAAAGGUUGAAGAGAAUGAGUUUUGGACGAGGUACUUUUUCCGCGCGUGGAUGGUCGAACAGGAGGAGGUGCGUCGCAAGAAACUCGUUGAAGCGGCGGUCGCUGCGACUGCAGAGGACGAGUUCAGCUGGGACGCCGAAGAGGAGGAUGAGGAUGAGGAGGAUAGCAAGAGCAAGGGGAAGACGGCAGAGACAGGAGCGGCAAAGAAUGGGUCUGCUGAAGUUUCCAAGACUAUGGAGCCCAAGACCGUCGAUUCCACCGAUGCUGCUGGUGACGUUGCAGCUCCGCAGCCGGCAGCCAUAUCAGAAGAGUCCAAGGCUGACAACAGCAAUGCCAGUGCCAGUGUGGACAAGGCUGACAAAACGGCCGGCAAGCCUGCUGCCGCCGCUGCUGCCCAGGCGGACAAGGCAGAUGGUGCAAAGCCAGACAGCAACGACGAUGCGUGGGAUGAGUGGGAGUAAAAUGUUGA